AUGCUCAACAAUGAGGACUUGGGCGUGUUUGUGGUGGAGAUCAUGGCUGCACAGAUUAAGAGUGUCACGUACAUGCGUGUCUACGUGGCCAUCGACGACCUCGCCUACCAUUCUCCUCUCAACUCAGAGUAUAAAUUCUUCCGCCAUACGAUAGAGCUAGUAGACAGAUGGGGCGCAUCAGUUGUAACCGCCUUGUUGCGUGUAAAGGCCUACGAGUAUGACAGGGGUGUGCCAUUGUCCAUCGCAGCCGAGAAGUCCUGGUCUACCAGUGGUACGCACGAGGGGUCGUACGUGUCACGCCUCUCCAGUGAGAUAAUAGAUGAUAUGUUAGUAGAGAACGUUGAAAUACUACCGGCACGCAGCCAUACGACAGCCCGUGGUAUUCAAACGAUGCCUGGUAUCUCACCGUACAUAGGUGGACUACGCAGUCGACUCCGUAAGCUCCAGAAUUGGGGUGGUACUAGUAUUGCGCCGUACUCACACGAAAAUCAGAGUACGGCAGACCAGCACACACGAAAGUCACACGAUAGUGCACAUGAAAGUCGACGGGUUGCAGACUUCGUGUGUCCCGGCUCAGUGCAGUGUGAGGCCGUGCUAAGGCGUCGCACGCUUCUCCGUGUGAGUGGUCCGGCUGACGAUGUGCUAGAUGAGACUUGGCUUGACGAUCCCAAACUCAAUGCAUGGACGGGUAAAGUCUGGAUCUUUCGUAUAGCACAAGGUAUGAUCGAAUUCAAUGGUUACGAGUCUGUUCGUGCGAUGAAAGUACGCUAUCAAACUAUGAUUAAUAAAUCGCAGACAAGUUCGGUUGUGGUGCUGAUGGCAUCGGAGGUGCAUUCUCCGUGGUUCUGGCGAUACUCCUGCGCACCCAUCACCGAUUUGUUCGAAAAUCUAUCAGUGCCGCAUCCUAAGUCCGAGGAUGUACUGAGUAUCGUGGAACAGUCAAAACUCGACGGCGAUUCUAAAAGCGGAUUGUCACAGGAGCAGUUGGAUACAAUUCAACGCCUGCGCGACGAAGAUGUACACAAGCGUUGCUAUAGCAGCCUGGAUGCGGCGGAGUUCCGCCCACACGCAGUGCCAACGUCCAUGUGUUUCCGGUCUGAUAAAAGUAGAGAUGUGAACCACAGUGCGCGCUUCGAGUCCCAUACUCAUGAUGGACGCAAGGUGUACAACGGCUGUUUUCCGCGGCAUGUGGCGUCACUGAUUCAGUGA